UCUUUCUUCCUCCCCCUCUCUCUCAAGCUAGCUCUAACAAGUCCUUCUUUGAUAUUAUCCGCUCCUUUCUGUUAGCAAGAAACAAUGGUCAGGCUUAAUGGCAGAAUCGCCCUUCGCAGCAACAGUUCAGAUGAAGACGAUAGUAAUCGUGGUAUCAGGAUCCCACGUAGAGUGACCUUCUUUGGUCUGCUUGGCACUACAAUGGCUGCACUCAAGCUCAAGGAACAAUGGGAUGAUUACCGUAAAGUGCCAACUGAGCCCACUGCGAAUAACAAUCCUCUUGCUCCACCCGCCUAUCGGGAUGAUGAGUGCGAUAGCGAAAGUACCAUUGGCCUUGAUACCUCAAUUAAUAUGCCAACUCGUACAAGGCGCAAGAAGAGCUGCUGCGUCUGCUGCGGCAUGAAUUGCGGUCUUUUCUGCAAGGCACUUGGUAUUGUUAUUCUCAUAUUUACAAUAUGGAAUACAAUUAAAUUUGCAAAAUGGAUGAUGACGCCUUCUCCGACUGGUCUGGAGAGCAUGCCAGAAUUCGGUACCUCCCUUGGAUGUCUUGAUGCUUCACACUUUUACCAGGAUAACAAGGAUGGCAAGUUCUACUCCAUUGCAGUUGGCUCUGAAGUUGAGCACGACGUUGUCGUCGCUGGUGGAGCCGUCGGAACAAUCGUCCUAAAGCCAAGUACAAGCCUCGCAGACCAGAGGAUCAAAGUCCAGGUAAACGUGCGCACCAGCGAUUCCCGCCUGCUCAACAGCGUCGAGGUACACACGCCAGAGUCCAACCCUCUCCCCGCCUCCAAAGUACCAAGCACAAGUUAUUUCCAACUCGUGACACCAACAGAGACAGAAGGCGGGCAUGACUGCAUGCGUUACGAUCUCACAGUCUUUGUCCCAACGAACGUUCACACGCUGCGCCUUAACGCUCAAUCCGUUGCGCAGGUGAAAUUCGAGUUUGAUGAGAGCCCGCAAACAUUGCGCGAGUUGCAGUUACGCCUGACUGACAGGGCUGCUGCGAACUUAAUCUUUCCUUCCGAAGGUCUGGUCGCGGAUAAUGUCGAUAUCACCAUGCAUGGAGGAUAUCUUGUUGGCACGCUCCCACUUGCAAACAGCACGAGCGUCAACACGUACUCGAGUGAUGCGAUCACGAAGCUCUCACUCAUCACUACACGCUACUCUCACUCGGGCACCAACGAAGACGUUUCCACUGCGCAUCUUAACACGGUUACAGGCCUUGGCCGUUCUGAUUUUACCUACAUCAACGACGCCGCGCGUCCUGUCAGGAGUGAACACACCACAAGUGAACGCGCUACAGACUCCGAGCUCCGUCUUACAUACUCUAAGGCACGCUUUAACGGCAAGAUCGAUUUUAAGGCGCGUUCGUCCACGAUGAUAAACGUCCAGUCCGACCGAUUCGGUGCGGGCUCUGAUCGCGACGAAUGGAACCGUGAACGCGAGCACUGGGUUGGCGAUAAGGAUGGAGGGGAUUUCCUUAAGGUGUCUUCGCGUGGCUGGGUUGGACUCUAUUUUUAAUCUAAAGGGACUUUGCGUCGUUCAUUCUUAGUUUUCGGGUGUAUCUGUCUGAGUACCAUGUUGGUUAAUUUGAUAAUUUUUCAAUCAAUUGAAA